AUGAGUGACGACGCCACAAAACGGGUAUAUCCCUCUGCACCAUUGGAAGAGGUGGUCCAUAGCGAACAGCAGCAGCGCUUAUUGUCAAAACCUGCACCACCAAGCUAUGAUCAGGCCAUAGGGGCUGAGCCCAUAACACAACAGCCCAGUCAGCCAACGUCCGGAGAUCCACAUGUGGUGGUUAUAACACAACCCUCGGUCACCUAUGGACCCACGCCCAUUGAUGUCCAGUGCCCCUAUUGUCAUAAUAUUUGUCGUACCCGGCUCCGUGCCAAACCCAACUCACGUACCCAUUUGUUUGCCCUGAUACUUUGUCUGCUACAGUUAUAUUGUUGUAUUUGUCUGCCCUAUUGCAUUGCCAGUUGCAUGGAUACGAAUCAUUAUUGCGGCAUGUGCGAUCGUUAUUUGGGAACAUAUCAAAGAGCGUGAUAAGAAAUUACUAUUAUAGAAAAAGU